AUGAGCGACGAUGACUCUCGAAUACAUGUGGGUGAUGAUCGGGGAGAAUUCAGUGAUGAACAACAUCAGCAAGAACCCUCCUAUCACCAUCAUGAGGAAGAAGAAUUGAGAGAAUAUAAUCCGAGAGAUUCUACCGAUGGUUUAAUUCAUAGUGGCCAACAACAAGCUGACGAAACCAUUAACCACUCAUCAUCAAGAAGAGGAUUUUCUGAGAAUCAACGAAUGAUGGAAGCGGAGGACAAUGGAACCUAUUUAUAUACUGUCGAUGAAAGAUUUCGUUCGAGACAGCCCAACAACAAGAGAAAGAUUUCCAACUCGAUAAUUGCAUGUUGUACAUGUUGUUGCUGCUGUAUUCCUAUCGGAUUAAUUGUUCUUUUAGUAGUUUAUUUAUUAGGCUUGUUUUUGAUUGCUCCACAAAUGACUGCAAAUUUACAAGCCAUUGUCAACGAAUCAAAGAACUCUGGUGUCACUUCAACGACUUCAAAUAUUAGAAAAGGCACUAUUUCUCAAAAUGGACUUCAAUACGUUCUGUUGAAAAAUUCAUUUGUUAAGAAACGAUUUACAUCAUUGAUGCAAGUAUACACAGGAAGUUGCAACGAAGCAAAUGGAGAGGAAGGUAUGGCCCAUAUGGUUGAGCACAUGGCUUUUGACAACUCGAAAGAAUUUCCAGGUCGAGGAGGAGUGUGGAAACAAAUUGAAGAAAGUGAUGUGGGCGAAUUUAAUGCAUACACCUAUUUCAGAAGUACAGUUUAUGAGUUGUACAAUUCAAAAAUCGGCUCUAAUGAGGAGGAGAGCUUUGAACGAAUUAUGGGUAUUCUCAAUAACCAAGUUCAGCUUUCAGAAGUACUGGAAGACAGCUUAGAAACUGAAAAAGGUGCCGUUCUGGGAGAGGCUCGACGAGCAAACAACAGCUACUAUCAAGCUUUAUCUGCUACCUUUGAAAAUCAUGGAGGUGACACAUUUACCAUUGCUAAACGAUUUCCUAUUGGAAAAACUGAUUCUAUACGAGCAUGGAAGUCUUCUGAUUUAACCAAAUUCUACAACAAGUGGUACAAGUUGAGCAAUAUGAAGCUAUUCAUCGUUGGAGAUUUUGACUUGGACAAGCUAGAAUCCAUGGUGACAAAAUUUUGGUCGACCAAAGUUCCAACUCUUUCACCAAAACCACAACCAGUAGACCCUGGCCACGCAACACCAAAAUCUUCCCUCAUUUACUUUGAUGAAAUUAAUGGGUUGAAUGGAAUUAACUUUAAUUUAAUCACCACUUCAAAGUAUGAAGGAUUUCCACGAAAUUAUAACUAUUACAGAAGAGAAAUAGCUGAUAUGGUGUUUCAGUUGGUAUACACUGCACAAGUGUUGGUAAAAAUGUCCAUACAAUACCCAGAUUUAGAUUUCACAACCAGAUCUGCAGGAGUAGCUCUUUCUAAUGAGUAUCCUUUUGCAUCAAAAUUAACCAUUCUGUCCAUUCUUACACCAGGUCCUCAACCUGAAUUGUCCACAUGGAGGGAAGAUUUCAAGUUGGCCAUUGAUGAAUUAAGACAAAUUGCAAACGAGCCAUACUCUGCCAUCGUUCUUGCUGUUUCCUAUGCUCUCGACGUCAUACAUGCUACUCCAACCUAUUACGCCAAUACACAAGAUUCAAAAACUCUUGCAAUUGAGUUGCUCGGAAAUGAAGAUCCCAACUUUGAAUUCUUGAACGUGCAUGACUCGUAUGCAGCAAGAUCUCAAUUCCUCGGACUUAGCUUUGCUCUGGGAUCAACAUUAGAGCAUGUGAAAGCAACAGCACAGUACGUACUGCAAGGCCUUUCUGAUGUUAUUGAUCCUAAAAAACCCACCAUCUUUGAAAAUGUGAAACGUACAUCUGAAAUAUCUGCUGCAGUGUUUUUGGGUCGUUCUGAUGACAUGACCAGAAAUGAAAAGCCAACAAAAGAAGAAAUUGCUUCCCUAAUCAAAGAAGUUAUUCACAGCGAUACACCAGCCUCCUUUAGCUUGGAUUCCUCAGCUUUGAAUGCCUUGUUGACAAUGUCUACUUCUCCAUCUGUCACCGUACCAGAGCCAAUAUCAAGUGGAACCUAUUCGUUAGAGUUUAAAGAUGACAAUUUAGAUCUAUCCAUCUACAAACUUUCCAACGGAUUGAGAGUGAACAUUAAAAAAUCAGAUAGUAAGAUGUCAUACAAGAAGGGCCUUUCGUAUAUUGAAAUCACUUCUCUGGGAGGAAAGAAUAGCGAGAGCCCAAAUAUUAAGGGAGCUUGCGAGUUUGUGAACUAUAACAUUGUUGGAGGGUCAAGAUUUUUAACUUCUGAGAAAGAACAGUAUUAUCCACAGGCCUCUAAUGUUGGCUUGAAGUGCCUUGGAGACAACAUUAUUCUUAGUGCUGAGCUAAGUUCUGCCUGUAUUAAUUAUCCUUCUUCUCUUGAUACUCUUUGUGAUGUUAAAUCCAAGUCUUAUGCUGACACCUUCAAGAAGCUAAGACUGUCAAUGAACCCAAUUUAUAACAACAACGUGAAGAAAAAGGUCAUUGCCAAGUACCAGAAAGAUCAAGGACUUGAAAUUGACGACAAAUUCGAUUCCAUGACCUCUAUUAACACCUAUGCCAUUGAUAAGAUUUUGAGAGCAGCUUUCCCUAAUGAACACAGACUUCAUCGCGCAACCUUACAAGAUUUUAGAAACUUAAAUCCUCUUGCUGUUCAACAAUGGGUAUCUCAACAUUUUUCGUUAAUUCGUAACAAUGAUAAGAAUGUAAAUAGAUUUGAGAUCAACAUUGUAGGAGAUGUUGUUAUUGAGAACGUGUUGCCUCAAUUAGAAAAGUGGUUUGGUACUAUUCCAAGGGUCGAAAAACCAUCUGAAAUUCUUGGACAUGAUAUUUAUGACAAGCGACAAGUGAAAAACUUUAUAGCUGAUUUCCCAAGAGAGUUAACACCUCAAAACGCCUCUUAUACAUGUGAAGUUUUGUCCUAUUCCACUAAUAAGGCUCUUGUUACAGCAAUUUAUCCUGGAAAUAGCAUUAAUGCUGAAAAGCCCUCACACCUCAGAGCUCAACUCUAUAAUGCAUUACUUUCAAGAUAUGGAUUUGAUGUAAUUCGUUCACAAGGUGGAUUUUCAUACUUUGCAAUCAGUAGACCAAUCUCCACAACACUUUUCCAUAAUUUUGGACUUAGUGCAAGUAUGUUCUUAGUUGGUGACUAUCCCAACCACACAGAGGACCCUCUUAACAUCCAAAGAAGUGUAGAUUUCUUAAUUUCCUCUUUACAGAAAGAUAUUUCUGAAGACUUUUUCGAUCAUGCAAGAGAUGAAGCAUUGGCAGCAUAUUCUCUCGAAUUAGACACUGAAUAUGCUUGGCUAUCUCAAAUCAGAGGUCUUUCCAUAACAGCACCAGCCACGUUCCCAGAUGACCAUCCAUUCCUUAGAUUAACCAAUGACAUUGAUAUUCUCACUUACCUCAGACAAGCAAAACAUGAAGAUUUCAAAGACAUCCUCUCAAAACAGAUGAAAGACAUUCGUUAUGGAUUGUCUGCUGUGAUGGUUGCUUCGAAUACUCGUCAUACUCAAUAUCCCCAAUGUUCAAGAAGUUAA